AACGGACCCGGCGCCAACUUGGGCAGAGCAAAACAGAAUCACGAGCCUACUUGGUCACUCCCACACACCGAAACCACAGCUGGCCCCGGAAAGGGGCCGGCCGGGCGACCAUCACCUGGACGCACAUACAUCGCGGCGUACGUAGUACAUGCCCAACUGGGGCGGCUGCUCCUGGACCGGAACCGCGCGUCGUCCGGCGAGCGGGAAAAGAAGUCCAAGCGGUUUUCCGCUGGCAAUCAAAAGAUCUACGUGCAGGGGAUCUGGUAUUCCUUGCUUGCCCGGUGGUAUCGCGCGGCUACCUCCCAUGCCUCUUGUGUGCUGCCGAUCGCUGAUUGCUUCCUGCUUCUUCGUCCUCCGCUCGCCGAGAUUCUGCCCUAUAAAUCCCACUAGCGCUCGGAAUCCAGAUGGAAAGCACGCACCGGAAGCAUCUUAGAAGAAGAAGAGCCAGCAACAAGGAACGAUAUCCGUCUGUGUUGGACGCGCCAAGACGAUCGAGGCAUGCCUGCUGCCGUCUCUGGGUGCCUCUUGGCGAGGAGCAUGGCGAGCCACCACAAACACCAGCAGCGGGGAGCGGCGGCGACGGCGCCGGGGGCACUGCCGGUGAUCAACAUUGGCCGGCUCGGCGACAAGGACCCCGCCGCGCGGGCGCUCGUGGUCCAGGACAUCGCCCGGGCGUGCCGCGACCGGGGGUGCUUCCAGGUGGUAAACCACGGCGUCAGCAAGUCGGCCAUGGACGACGCCCUGGAGGCCGCCUCGGAGUUCUUCGACAUGCCCGCGGAGCGCAAGGCGGCGUUCGCCUGCGCCGACAUCCGCAGCCCGGUCCGGUACGACACCAGCUCCAAGGACGGCAUCAGCAAGGCCAGGUCUUUCCUCAAGCACUACGCCAAUCCCCUCGACCACUGGGUCGACUCCUGGCCAACCCAACCGGCAACAUACAGGAAGAAGAUGGGGACGUAUGCCGUGGAAAUACAGAGGCUGUCAAUACAGCUCAUGGGGGCCAUCGUGCAGGGGCUGGGGCUAUGCCCAAUGCACCUGCAGGAGAAGCUCGGGGCAGGGCUGCAGUUCAUGGCGCUCAACAACUACCCGCAGGGGUCGUCGCGGGCGGGCGACACGGUCGGGCUGGCGCCGCACUCCGACAUCGGCUUCAUCACCAUCCUGCUGCAGAGCUCGCCGGGGCUGGAGGUGACGCACCACGACGACGGCGGCGUCUGGACGCCCGUCCCGGCCAUCCCGGGGGCGCUCCACGUCCACCUCGGCGACCACCUGGAGGUGCUGAGCAACGGGCGGCUCAGGUCCCUCCUGCACCGGGCCAUCCUCAACACCGACGAGGAGAGGAUCUCCAUCGCCAGCAUCCACGGCGCGGCCAUAGACGAGAAGGUCGGGUGCGCCGAGGAGCUCGUCGACGAGCGCCACCCGAGGAUGUACAGGGAGAGCAGCUUCCAUGACUUCCUCGACUUCCUGCCCACCAACGUCAAGGCGUACCGGAGGUUCGUCGAGACCCUCAAGAUCGACAGCGCUUAA